ACUUAAAUCUUCCUAUCCUCCCACUCCCUCGCAGCUUGCUGCGAACCCUAAACCGAGGAACGGGAGAAGGAUUUGACUGGACCAGUAGCAGGAAUUAGGUUAAAUCCUGCUUAAAUCGCGUUCAAAUCAUGCUAACGGCAGCCCCUUCGAACUCUCUCCUUUCCCCCAAAGCACGGGAGAAAUUUUUUUCCGCCACCUCUGAAUCCAAUGCACUACUCAUAAACACGAACCUUUGGUACGCCAUCAGCAAAACGCCUUCGGAUGCUAGGGUGGCGCCUGACGACUGUGCCUGAGGAAUACUCUCGAGUCGUCACCGCCGCGAUUACUUUUCUGUCUCCAACCCGGUUCAACGGUGUCAUAGAGGGCGUUUCUCACUCCUUUGCAGUUUGCAGCUUGGGAGGUGAUCUUUGCUUUGGUGAUUCACAGGUAAAUCGUACGCCGCAGGCGGUACCCGGUCGUAGAACUUCUCCGCUUGUUCAACGGGCGCCAUUUGCUCUACAACUUCACCCUAGGUGCAGGAGGAGUUUUGUUGCCUUAGUAGCUGGUCAUUUUCAAAGAGGAUAAGCUUUACAGGCAUAUGAGAAAAUAACAUGAGCCCACACUCAAUCCGAAAGGAGAAGGAUCUGAGAUUUGAGAACCAUUCUGAGCCCGAUCAACAUCAAAUCCUUUGAUUUUUCACGUUUGGACUCCUUCGAUUUCCUCUUGGAGGCUCCAGAAGAUGCAUAGAUAUUUAUUAAGGGCUUCUCGCCAAAGGCACAAGGAUUCUGCUAAAAUUUCAAAGGGCAAUGAAAUAGUAAGCCAAUAUCUUGGUUUUUUUAGGGUUUCUUUCUAUUGUUCUUUCUUAGAGAGCCUGUUAUUUGAGACCUUUUUAGGUGCAGAAGAAUGUUUGUGCAAGGGUGCAGUCAUCUCAAGCUUUUUCUGAUUUAUGGGAAAUUUGCAGUUUGACCAAUUACAGUAUUCCUGAACAGCCUUACACAUUAGAGGAGCACAUUGGAGCAAUGGACCUGACCUAUUUGUAUUUUUUAUUAUUCAGUUAAGGGUUGAAACUUUGCUCCUUUCAUAAUGCAGAUUUCCGCUCAUUUCAAAGGUCAAAAUACUCAGGAACUCAGGGUGAACAGAUUAAAAUUAUUAAUGCACUUCGUUUGGGCCAGAGAAACAGAGCUCAGGAGAUGUUCGUUGAUCUUUGUUGUAUGAAUGAAUCUUCAAAUGCUGAGGAUUUUGAUUAUAUAUUGGAAUAUUGUGCACGAACUCCAGAUCCACUGUUUGUUUUGGAGGCAUGGAAAGUAAUGGCGAAAAAUGAAAUAGCUAUGAGGAAGAAAUCUUAUUUAUGCAUUAUCCAAGCUUUCAGUAAAGGAGGGUACUUUAAGGAGGCAUUUGAAUGGAUAAAGUCUCUAGAGGAAAGUGAUAAUUACCACAUUGGUCUACCUUUAUACAAUAUUGUUCUAAGGGAAUGUAUUUUUAAACAAAGUAUGAUUGAUGUUGUUCGCUGCUUGGAACUAAUGGACAACCAACUAAUGGGAAGGUCUGAGAUAACCUAUUGGGAGCUUCUUAAGCAUUCUGUUCUGCAGAAUAGCUUGUCUGCAGUUCAUGGUUUAUGGAAGGAUUGCAUCGAGCACUACAACCCUAGCAUUAUUGUUCUUCGAAAAUUUAUUUGGUCCUUCACAAAAUUGCAUGAUCUUGAAUCCGCCUACAAAGUACUGCAAUAUAUGGUUUCUCUUGUUAAAAAGGGUUGUACAUCUCUCAGAAAAUCUGCUGCUGGAAGAUAUCAGUCAUCACGGUUAGAUAUUCCUAUACCACCAGCUUGUAAAGUAUCACAUACUGCAGAUGCAUGCUUUGUGCCUGAUACAAUAGAUGAUGUUUUCUCUGGGAUGCAUGGAAGCAAUUUUUUUAGCGAGGCAAAGGAAAAUGGUAUAUGCUCUGAAAUAUCUUCCGUUGCUUCUGAGAAUAACGAUCAAUAUCCAUUGGAAGAGAAAGAGGAAAUGAGAAAACAUAAAACGAAUUGCUUACAAAUGAAAGAUUUUGGUUAUAGUAUUCCAAAAGAAGCAGAGUUUGUACCAGUUUUCAUUGUUUUGAGAUGGUCAUUCAAUGAUGUGAUACAAUGCUGCGCUCAAUCUGGAACAUGGGAUUUGGCCGAGAUCUUGUUCCUUCAGAUGCAAGCGCUUGGAGUAGAACCAUCGCCUCAUACAUAUGAUGGCCUUAUUAAAGCUGUCACUCGUGGAAGAGCGCUAGAUUAUGGCUUGGAAUUGCUUUAUUCAAUAGAGAAAAGGGGCAUGCAACCGCACAAUGAUACUAUUGCAAUUCUCUCAUUUGAACACAGCAAGAUUUUGGAGUUGAAUAAGGCAGAGAGUUUAUUGGAAAUGAUAUCUGAUAACCUUCAGAAGUACAUCCAUCCUUUUAAUGCCUUCCUGGUAGCAUGUGAUAUCAUGGAUGAGCCAGAACGUGCAGUUCGCAUAUUAGUUAAGAUGAAGUGUUUGAACUUACGCCCAAAUAUCAGGACCUUUGAGCUUUUAUUUUCUUUGUUUGGUAAUGUUAAUGUCCCCUAUGAGAGAGGAACUUGGCCUUCACAUAUGCAUGCUGCCGAGAGGAUAAGACAAAUAGAGUUGGGCAUGAGGAGAAGCGGAGUUCAACACAGCUAUAUGUCGAUGAAGAAUCUGAUAAGAGCUCUUGGAACGGAGGGAAUGAUACCUUCCAUGCUCCAGCGUGUAAAGAAGGCAGAAAAAAUGUUUUUAGAGAUUGAACCUCAUCAAAUAACUGAUUUCUAUAACAUCGUUCUCCAUGCACUCGUGGAAGCUGGCCAUGGUUUGACUGCUAUUGAAUAUUUCCAAAAAAUGAGAUCAUAUGGAUUCCUAGCUGAUGCUGCUACAUACCACAUUAUGAUAAAAUGUUGUAGCUUAAUUUCAUGUUUCAGGUCGGCACUUGCCUUGACGUCUUUGAUGCUCCGAGAUGGUUUCCUUCCGCAGAUAAUGACUUACACUGCACUUGUGAAGGUUUUGCUAGCAGUUGAUGAUUUUCAUGGGGCUUUGGGUAUAUUUAACCAAAUAAGUUCUGAUGAAAUACAACUUGAUGUCCACCUUUUCAAUGAAAUACUUAAACAUGCAUACGCAAAGAUAUCUUCAGAAGUAGAGGAAGAAUAUGCAAGAGAACUACUCGAUCUAAUAGAAAUCAUGAUCGAACAAAUGCAUCGAGCAAAAGUCAAGCCAGAUCCGUCAACCUGUGCGUAUACAUUCUCUGCUUAUACUGAACUCAAUUUCCACAACACAGCAGUGGAAGCUCUGAGAGUACUGAGCCUUCGCAUGAUCGAUGAUAAUGACACCAAUCUUCUUGAAAAAAAGAUGAGAUUUGCAGAUCUUGUAUGUAGUGAAGAUCCAGAUGCUGAAUCCAAAAUAGUCUCCAUUUUUGAACGGGGUGAAGAGUAUAUUGCUGCUGGGUUAUUGAACCUAAGGUGGUGCGCAUUCAUGGCUGGCCAGCCGUUAUCAUGGUCACCAGGAGAAAGCUCAUGGUCUCAAAGGCUUUCUUCUAUGUAUUUUAAGAGGGAAAAGGAUUGCGUAAGUUUUCUCUCUUAGUUUUUUAGUCAUACAACUCCAGUUUGGUCUUAUAUGGAAGGUUUUAUCAUAAUCUCAGCAAAAUAAUUAUG